AUGCUAAUUGAUGAAAUAGGUGUCUUCGUCUCGAGUGCAGACAGCACCCUUGUACUAGCAACAACAGACACUAUCGCAUCUGAGUUCCAUUCUCUUGGUCUUGGAAGUUGGCUUUCAACAGCGUACCUGCUGUCGAUGUGUGCCUUCCAACCACUAACCGGGAAGCUCAGCGAUAUCUACGGACGAAGAAUCGUGCUGGUAGUUGGCUACGCUCUCUUCGGCCUUGGCAGUAUUCUCUGCGGCGUAGGACCAACCCUCCCAGCCGUGAUCCUGGGACGAGUAAUCCAAGGCCUCGGCGCCUCGAGCAUGACACUAUGUGUAUCCCUCGUCAUCACUGACCUCGUACCCCUCCUCCAAGUAGCCUUCUGGCGCUCCUACAUGAACGUCGUAAUGACCAUCGGCCGCAGCGCCGGCGGACCCAUCGGCGGCCUCCUCGCCGACUCCAUCGGCUGGCGAUGGUCCUUUGCCGGCCAAGCUCCCCUCCUAUUCAUCGCCAUCAUAAUCGUAUAUUUCUUCCUCCCAAACACGAAAUCUGCCCCUAUUGUCGAGACCCAAGAUCGAAAAGGAAGGCUAAAAAGGAUUGAUUUCGUGGGGAGUCUGUUAUUGGCUGCUGCUAUCGUGUUGUUGCUUGGUGCGUUGAGUUUGGCGGGACAGAGUCUGCCGCCGCUGGAUCCGAUUAUUUUGGGGAGUGUGGCGGGGAGUGUGGUUUUGGGUGCUGGGUUUGUGGUGUGGGAGGUUAGGUUUGCGAGGGAACCGGUUUUUCCUCCGAGGUUGUUGGUUCAGAGGGAUAUUAUCACGCCGUAUGCUAUUGUUGCGUUGCUGUUGGGUGCUCAGUAUGGGAUCAUCUUCUUCAUACCGCUCUACUUCCGUAUAUCCCUCAACGAAUCAGUCGCACUAGCAGGAACGAGAAUGUUCCCCGCAGUCCUAGGCAACACUCUAGGUGGUCUCUUCGGCGGCCUCCUGAUAUCACGCACUGGCCUCUACAAAAGAGUAACUAUAGCCGGAUGUGUAUUAUGCACCUUAUCUUACGGAAUCCUAAUUCUUAGAUGGAGAGGCGAGACGGGGUGGUUGGAGACAAUGGAGAUUGUACCUGGUGGAUUUGGGUUGGGGAUUUGUUUGAGCAGCACAUUCAUAGCACUAACCUCCGGCCUCGACAAGAAGAAAAAAGAACACGAAGGCGUCAACGGUCAAAGCAAAGACAUGGCAUCCGCCACCAGCGGAUUCUUCGUCAUGAUCCCGCUAGGUCUGAUCCUAGGGAUCGCAAUCGCGAGUUCAGUGCAGGUUGGAAUGGUGAGGAGUCUGCUUGAAGAAGGAUUGAGUGGCUUUGAAGGUGCUGCGGAGAUCUUCGAAGCAGUGUCUACUGAUACGAACAGGAUUGCUCUUCUCGAGGAGCCUGUUAGAGUCGUGGUGGUUGAUUGCUAUGUGCAGAGUUUUAGGUGGGGAUAUGGAAUUCCGCUUGCGGCAUCGGCUAUUGCGACAUUGUUGUCUCUCUCGAUUCGAGAGUAUCCUUUGAGGAAGUGAGGAUCUCAAAGAUAGAGACGGACUUCAAGGAUAAAUUGGGGGAGGAUUAACGAGUAUAAGUUGGCGAAAGCCACAGGAGAUCGAUCUGGUGAAAAGAUCAACGCAGGCAAUGGGGAGGCGGCUCAGAAGUGGUACAGCAGAUGAGGUGUGUAUUUGUACUGUAAAACGUUGCUGUUGCUUCUUGUUCAGUGUGUACGUUUGUCGUUGUAAUAAUUAGAG